AUGGGUGAGCGGCGCAGAGGACCGGCGGAGAGGACCGCGGACCCGCCCCGGGUCUGCGUCCCUCCCGGCGGGCUGCGGGUGCACGUGGACACGGACCCCGCCGGGCGCGCCCCGGGGCGCAGGGCGCAGGUGGACACGGACCCCCCGGGACACAGAGCGGCGGCGAGGGGGCUGCUGCUUGGGGCGGCUGCAGCCGCGAAGGGCCUUAGGGAAGACCUGAGGGGCGCGGCGGUCCGGCCCUGGAGGGGCCUGUUCCGGACCCCGAAGCACGAGGGGCCCCGGGAGGAGGAGGCGGCGGCGGCCGGCCCCGAGUUCCUACUGCCAAAUGAGAGAAGCUUCCAGAAUGCUGCUAAAAGCAAUAAUUUGGAUCUUAUGGAGAAGCUGUUUGAAAAGAAGGUUAAUAUUAAUGCUGUGAACAACAUAAACCGCACAGCCCUGCAUUUUGCAGUGGGGGCAAAUCAUUUAUCUGCAGUGGAUUUCUUGCUUAAUCACAAGGCCAGGGUAGAUGUUGCUGAUAAGCAUGGCUUGACAGUAAUUCACCUUGCCUCCUGGUCUGGAAGCCUCGAGAUCAUGCUCAUGCUGGUUAGAGCUGGCGCAGACCAGAGAGCCAAGAGUCAGGAUGGAAUGAAUGCCCUCCACUUUGCAGCUCAGAGCAAUAGUGUGCGCAUCGUGGAGUACCUCAUUCAAGAUUUACACCUGAAGGACCUGGACCAGCCUGAUGAGAAAGGAAGAAAACCAGUUCUUUUGGCAGCUGAGAGGGGCCACGUUGAGAUGAUAGAAAAACUGACCUCUAAUCUGCAUUCUUCAGAAAAGGACAAGGAGGGGAACACUGCCCUGCACCUCGCAGCGAAGCAUGGUCACAGCUCUGCGGUCUGGGUGCUGCUAACCCAGUGGCAAGAAAUAAAUGAGACCAAUGAGCUCAACAUCAGUGCUUUGCAGAUAGCAACGCAGAAUGGCCACGCAUCCCUUGUUAGCUUUCUUCUCCAUGAGAACGUGGAUCUGCGCCAGAAGGUGGAACUCAACAGCUGUUUGCACGUUGGCACUGGGUCUCCCGCCCUUGCUCUUGCACACCUCUCCCUCUCCGUUAUCAGCAACGACAUCACGGUGGUGAACAGCUUACUGAGUGCACAGCAUGGCGUUGACGUCCUAAAUCAGAGACGGCAAACUCCUUUGCAUGUAGCUGCUGAUCUUGGAAAUGUGGAGCUGGUGGAAACCCUGCUGAAGGCCGGCUGUGACCUGAAGGUUGUCGAUAAGCAAGGGAGGACAGCCCUGGCCGUGGCCUCCAGGAGCAAGCACAGCCUUGUUGUGGACAUGCUCAUUAAAGCGGAGCGAUACCGUGCCUGGAGAGAGGAGCGUGGCGAGAACAUCAGGGACCCAUCAACCAGCUUUCCUCUGACAUUCAAGCAAGAUCACAGUCUGGAGACCAGACACAUUCGCAGUCUCCUCUGGAACCUGGCUUACCGUCAGCUGAAGGCCAACGAGUGGCAGAGGUUGGCCCGAUCGUGGAACUUUACCGAAGACCAGAUCAGAGCCAUCGAGGAGCAGUGGUUAGGAAAGGAGAGCUUCCGUGAACACAGCCACAGGGCUCUGCUCAUCUGGCUGCACGGGACCCUGAUGACACAGGCCGCGCCGGUGAGGCACCUGUGCGAGGGGCUGGUACGUGCAGGCUUCCCAGAACUAGCUGAAAAGAUCCGUCAAUUCAAAAGCGAAACUGAUUCGAGGCCCAAGAAAUGUGCAGUUUCAUAAAUGCCUGAAGAAACGGUCUUAAUGAUUUUCCACUCAGCAUUCAGUCCUUUUAAAUUCUGUGCCAUAAAAUUCUUCCAGCAGUGGUAUUGAUUUUCCUUUCAACUAAGAAGAUGGUGGUGACGGGAUCCUCUAACAGAUGAAAAAUGAUAUACUUUCCAACCACUGAAAUGAAAAUUCAAAACUUUUUUUGGUUUUUACUUAAGGCAAAUUGUAUGAUUUUCCCAUUUCUGUCAUUUGAUGCAACAUAUGUGGUAGCAUAAUCUAGGCCUAGUUUUGUACAUGUUUUAAAAAAAAUAUGAUGGUGGGAGCAGCAUCAUGGUAUAUGGAGAAAACUAAGGUUUAGCAUAGACAGACCUGGUUUUGAAUCAUGGUGUUGCCACUUUUAAGCUGUGAGCCUUUGGACAUGCUAAAUUCAAAUUCCCAGCUCUUCAGUUUCCUGCUCUAUAAAUUGGGGGAAAUGUGUCUCUCUUGCACAGCUUUGAGGAGAGAAUGAAGGGAGCAUGCCCGUGAAACGCCUAACCUCAUGCCCACAGCCUUGAAAUCAUUAACUGGUAGUUAUUUCUCUUGUAAGAGAAACUGGCUUUGGAAAUUUAUAGUCACUGUUGGCUUUAAAUAACACACGUGUAAUGUAUUACUUAGAAAAAACUGGAAGUUUGUACAACAAUGUUUCUUAUCGCUUGGUGAUGUAAGUACAGGUGAUUUUUAUUUUUGGUACUUUUAUUUUUAACGUUUUGGUACUUCCCAGUUUUUUUUCACAAUGAACAUGCAUUAUUUUUGUAAUCUGAAAAAGUUAUGAAAUGUGAAGUAUCAAUUUAUAUCAGUUUAUGUGCACCUAUUCAUUAUAAUUGAAGGCUCUCCAUUCUCAAAUUCUGACUGAGUCUCUAAGGCCAGAAAUAAAGUCACGAGUGAUUUCAGUCCAGUUAUUCUAUCAUGAAUUUAUAGUCCUACACCUUUGUCUCACGCUGACUAUAAAUGGCCCACUGAAUGUUAUGAACAUUUGAAAUAGGUAAUAUGUUCACACGAUUCCAGAAAGACUUUAGGAAAGGUAUUGAGUGAAAAGUCGCAUCCCCAUCUGUUCUUCAGUAAGGCCCUUUCCACUGAUCUUGCUACUCCUUGUGAACGCCUACUCUUACUGUAUAAAGUGUUUCAGUUGUUGAAUUUAACUCAGGCUAACACUAACUACUUGGUGCUUUGGACAAUAUGCAAUUUCUAGAGCUUAGAUAAGGCUUAAAAAGAUGCUAAAUAUUCUUAAUCACAAUAUUCAUAAUAUUUACUUUGGUUUGUCCAUAUGGUUAUGGCUUUGGUAUUGAAAACCAUUCCUAGUUGUCAUCUAGGUUCCUCAAAAAGCAGAGCCUGAGACUAACGUUUAUGAGCAACUGCUUUUUUCAGGAGUGCAAAUCCAGGGAAGCAGGAG